AUGGAGAAAGAGAUUGCCUCUCCCAUUGCAAUGAAUUGCUUUACCUUUCACCUGUCUGAUUACACAAACUCUCAGUUUGCUCCUUUGCGAAUGAUUUUGAAGCCAAGUAAGAUGGACGACGCGAAGGAAGAUUGUGUCAGAUUGCUAGCCCACCACGGUGGCUUGACUAUUCUCCAUGGAGAUGUUUGCAAUGCUUUCAUUACUGCCAAAUGUCUAGAGGAGAUACAUUCUACUGCUUGCCCUGAGUUUGGAGAGUGUGAAAGCGCUGUUGUUACUAUCAACAAGGCCCUUUAUGGCCUAAGGUCUAGCUCAAGGGUCUACAGGGAAACUUUUGCUCCGUUUAUGUUUACAAUUGGUUUUGAACCUACUCGGUACGACCGUGAUGUCUGGAUGAGACUAGGUGAAGGCAAAUCUGGGUACAAUUAUCUUUGCACUCAUGUAAACAACUUCAAAAAUGUAUCCAAGGAUCCUCAACGGUGGGUCAAUGCUAUUGUGGGUGCCUUUCAAUUGAAAUGCUCCGGUGCGCCUGACUACCAUCUUGGACCAGCUUCUCAUCCUGAAACAGAUGCUUCAGAUUUCCUCCACAAUGCCGGAAAAUGCCAAUAUCAGAUGUUGGUGGGCAUGGUCCAGUGGGCCAUCACAAUUAGACAUAUGGACAUUGCUUAUGGACGUUUCCCCAGCAAGCAACUUCCUGUCUGCUCUGAUCCCCUUGAAAUCCAUCCUACUCUACUUGACAAGAAGGGUGAUUUUAUCCCCAAUUUCCUAAAGGAAUAUCCGGAUGCCAAAGAAGAUCGAGACCCAAAGGAACCAAAAGCUUCCAGGAAAUCAGUACAAACAAGUGUGUUCUUUGACGCCAAUUUGGCCCACAAUUUGCAGACUUGUCACUCUAUCACUGGUCUGCUCGUGUAUGUCGGAAUAGAGGAGGACAUGUCCCUCAGGUACAUGUUACGGUCACUGGGCUUUCCCGUUGAGGAACCUACCAAUCUAAUUGAAGACAACCUUGGAGUGAUCCAAACCGCUAGCAUUCCUGAAGCGGAUCUCAAGAAGAAACAUGUUGUGAUUUCCUACCAUUGUGUCCGUGAGGCCGUUGCUGCACAAAUCGUCAAACCAAUUUGGUGUGAUACCAGCAAAAAUUGUGCUGAAACGUUGGGAGGCGUCAAAUUGAAUGCCAUUCUCAGUAGAACUAUGCUUUAG